AUGGAUUUGGAAGUAAUGCGAAAGGAUUUGCUUGAGUGCUAUCACAAGAGUGCCAUCCGUGGCCUCAAACAGUCGUCCAAAUGGUCGUCAGAGUUGUUGCUGUCGUUGAUGAAGACUAUCGAAGAGAACCGAUUGACAGAUGACUUGAGCGCUGAUAUGAGUGACUCUUAUAACUACAUCUUCAUGGAUGACAUGAAUCACGUGAUGACUGAUCCCAAGUAUCUGUUGGCGAAGAGUUGUUACGAUUUGAGUGAAUACGAGAGGACGGCGUUCUUCACGAAAGACGCGGUCGUCUCUGAAAUCAAAUUUCUUUACUUUUAUUCGCGAUAUUUGUCGGCAGAGAAGAAACGAUUGGAUCGGAUGGCGGAAACCAAUUGCAUGGCAACUGAUUCGGCCAUCAAGUUGUUCACUGAUCUCAAGAAUGAAUUGCAGGAUCUGUACUCUUCGAAAGCCGCAGAUUUCAUCACCGAUUCAUACCUUCUGUACGUUUAUGCCAUUGUUUUGCUGAAACUGGAACUCAAUUGGGAGGCAAUGGAAGUGCUGUCCAGAAGCAUACGAUUGGAUCCAUUGAAUUGGUGUUCUUGGCAUCAGUUGUCGCUCAUAAUCGACGAGAAGUCACAGUUGAAUGGACUCCAACUGCCCGACCAUUGGUUUAAGAAACUCUUCUUAGGAGACGUCUAUCUGGAGCUCCAACUCAACGAAGAGGCGCUAACUCUGUACACAACACUUCAGCAGUGGUUCACGUCUUGUAACUAUUUGUUGAGCCAAAUAGCGAUCGCCAAACACAACCUGCGAGACGUGGACGGAGCCAUCGAUCUGUUCCAACAGAUCCGUGCCUCAGAUCCGGCCCGACUCGACGCUAUGGAUAUCUACAGUAAUCUGCUGUACGUGAAGGACAUGAGGACAGAGUUGAGUUGUUUGGCGCACUCGGCCAAUGACAUCGACCCCUUCCGAGUGGAGACGUGCUGUUGUAUCGCCAACUUCUAUAGCCUGCGGUCACAACACCCCAAAGCCGUCGUCUACUUCUCGCGAGCACUGCAACUAAAUCCGCGCCAUUUGUCCGCCUGGACUCUCAUGGGUCACGAGUACAUGGAAAUGAAGAACACCGGCGCCGCCAUUCAGGCCUACCGGUCGGCCAUUAAGUGCAACAAACGCGACUACAGGGCCUGGUAUGGGUUGGGCCAGACGUACGACAUACUGAAAAUGCCGGCCUAUUGUCUGUACUACUACUCAGUGGCGCACUGUUUGCGACCAAAUGACUCGCGAAUGAUGAUCGCGACGGGAGAGACGUUGGAGAAGUUGGAGCGCAAUCACGACGCCAUUAAGUGCUACUGGAAGGCCGGGGGGUUAGCCCUCUUCAAGUUAGCCCUUCUCUACGAACGCCUCAAAGAGAACGAGAAGGCGGCGCUCGCCUACUCUGAGUUCAUAGCCCGCGCCUCCACUGCCGAAGCACCCGACCGACAGAAUACCAGUUCAGAUAUGGCUCACGCCUACAAGUUCUUAGCCAACUAUCACCUCAAUAAAGGCGAACUCAAAUUGGCACAAAUGGCAGCUCAGAAGUGCAUCCAAUUCUCGGAGACCAGGGAUGAGGGGAAGUCUCUGCUCAAAGAGAUCCAAAAGAAGUGCUCGCAAAUGGAUUUAUAG